AUGAGAAAUCACCUCGAAAGGAACGCAAAAGGAACAACAGAAAAGAAAGAUCAGAGGUUCAACACAAAUGGAAAGGAGAAGGAGGAGGAAGAGAGAGGAUAUGGAAUGAAUACAAUUUAUCACGAACCUGUUGGCGAAAUGGAGGCCAGGCGAAUCGACUCCUUUAGCAGGAAAAAAAGAGUUGCAAAGGAAACGCUAUGGAACAUUGAAAAUUUGGAAGAGAACGAUGAGAACAUGAUAUGCUUCAAAAACUUCGUCGAGAAGGACCUAUCUGAUGAUAAUGAGGGGGGUAGCAGAAGCCGCAAUGGAAGCUGGGACGGAAGCGAAAACAGAAGUGAGUGUAGGCGUGACAGUAGGCACGAAAAGAUGAUCACUCUGAACAACAAAGGCAGGAACCGCGACCCUCCUCGAGACAGCAAGCACAAUCCAACAACGGGGCAAAUUUUAACGAACUACAUGCUGGUGCCAGACGAGAUCAGGCACAAGUACACAAAAACGUACUUGUUCCAAAUAUCCAAAAGAUUGCUAGUGAUGAAAAAACCGUGGAGAUUACCAAAAAAUGUAGAACUACAAAUCAACAAUGUAUACCAUUUGUCCAAUUACAUAAAAGUGUUGGAGAGAAUUUCCAGUGAAUAUCUGAAUGAGCCUCCUAUUAAUUAUUACUACAAAGGGUUAGAGUUGUACAACAAAAAUGUUUUUGCAAAUAUAGAUUACUUGUUAAAGAAGGUAGACAUUAAAAAGAACCCCAAGAAUUUCGAAUUUAGAAAUUUAAUUAAAAUAAAUGAAUGUUACUACGAUUUAAGUACCUUUGGAAAAUCUCCCAGUGCCAUGCUUUAUCAAUCGUAUGUCAUAUGGGAUAUUCAUGGUAGUAGCUUAACCCUAGAACAGGAAUAUGAGAAUUUUUUCGAUUCACAAAUUAUGGAUUAUAGCUUUGGAGAAAGGGAAUACCCCAAUUUGAAAUACAUUUUGAGCAUCUGCAGCUCAGUUCUAUUUUGGCUGAACUUUAACAAAAAAGACAACUUUGCGAUUAUUAAUUACCAUAAAAUUAGCUCCUUCAUUUUGUUAAUUUUUUCUUGCGUCAUGCUAGUCAUAGAUAACACUUUAACCUUUGCGCAAAUUCAAGAAAUUCUGUACAAGUCGUCCAAAAUAAGUAACAGUGAUAAGGAGGAUGAGGAGGAUAACAUCCACACGAAUAUUUCUUCCAACUAUUUUGGAAACAAAUAUGAGAGUGAGAGUUUUUCUAACGAGGAGAAAUCGGACGACACGUGUAACACGUUAGGGGGGGGAAAGAAGCAAAAGGGGAGGCAUUAUCGCAUCUUACCGCAUAGGAGAAAGGAAAAUCUGCAAGGAGACAAAUAUGUGAACAGAAAUGGGCACAGGUAUGACAACGAGGAGGACACCUCCCCUCGCAGCAACAGUUAUAAGGAUAAGCAUCUUGAUAAAGAUUCCUACAGGAACAAAAGAGAAACCUCCGAUUCGGUGCAUAUCUACAAUUUUAGCAACGGCGAGAGCGAAGAUUACCCCACAUAUGACAACCAUUUUAACGGAGGCGAUAUGACUUUUGCCACGGAUGAAUAUAAAUCGCAUAACCCCAUCGGUGAUUAUAACAAAAUGCAAUACCAUACAUUAAAUUUGAACGGGAAAAGUGAAGAAUACGAUAAUGAGGUUGAAAUUUCACAGAACAGGAAGAAGAAGACCAAAUUUUCCAACUCCUGGGGAUUUGAUCUAACAAACAGAGAAAAAUACAAAAGUAACAAUAAAGUGAAGGACCACCAUUUUUGGAUCCCAUUUGACUAUUGGAAGUCUUCUCACAAAAGAUAUUUUUUUUACAUUUAUGAAUUAAUGAAAAAUAAAAAUAAAAAAGUCGAAAAUGUGCCCUUUAAGUUGAAGAGCAUUAUUUUUAGCGACUACGUCAUGUGUUCCGUUUCGGUCGAGGUGUAUGAGAUUAUUUACAAAGAUAAUCAGGAAUUUCACCUGGACGUUUUGUCCGAUUGUGGCGGGGAUACAGCUGCGGAGGAGGGGUCCACGGGUGAGGGCACAAUGGACGAUCAGAGCGUAAUCAGCGAAUCAAGUAGUGAGGGAAGUAAAAACCGACGUCAUGACCAAUGCAACAACCAUAACGAACACAACGAGGUUGAUCAGUCGAAUGAGGAAUCAAAGGGAGAAGGUCUCCUUGACGAUGAAACUUUUUACAGGGACUCCUCCCUGAAGGGGAAGUUAAAACGGGGAACCCCAAAUGAACGCGAUUCGAGUGGUACCUUAAAUAGAAGGGGUAGUAGUGAUUACUCCAACGAGAUGAUCCAUCCGGCAGGUAGCGUAAAAAAUCGGAAUGGCAAAAUCUGUGGAGUUUAUAAACCCGUGGGUAGAAAAUCAAGCAGGGAUAAAAUUCCACACGGAGAAAGUGAAGCCCCUAGCAGGUUAAGCGUACCAAAGGGUGAUCUCAACGCGAACAGCAUUUUUAUAAAUAGUAAGAAUAAACCAACUGCGUGUGAGAGAAAUAAACUGAGGAGGACAUCUUCUUAUUACAAAUUAAGGAACGGUUCAAAUUGCUGCAGUGACAGCUACGAAGGAGCGUCAUUUAAUACGGCAAAUCUAUCUGAUCUGUCCGACUCGGUCAUUUCGUCUAGUGAGCCAACCUAUGAACGAAGUGUGCCGGACAAACAGUAUGAGGUGGGACGUGCGGAGAGGCGUCCGUUCGACCUCCGUAGUGGAAAGAGCCCGAUCACACACAAAAUAAGACAACAUGGGGGGAAGUACUAUUCUCCCAGAUCACUCAGUUCAAUUUCGCCCGAACCAACAUCGGUAGAUUAUAUGGACAGAUACAGAAAUGAGGACAUUCCAGGCAGUGGCAAUAUUCAAAGGGGAAGGUCCAAAGGGAAGAAAACUACCAACGGGAAAGUGAAGACGAAAUCGUGCACAUAUCAUCCGCAAAGGAAGAUUAAGAAUUCGAUCGAAUCGGAUGAAUCGCUAUCGCCCAUGAUGAAGAAACCUACUUCCGAUGCUCCCAAAGGAGGGGAAACGGAACAUAAGAAAGAUUCCAAAUGGAAGGAGAAAAAAAUUUACGAUUUUUUAAGGAGAAAUAGAAAUAAAAAACAGAAAAAAGGGGAAGAUCGAAAUAAAGGAGUAUCUUCUGCAAAAUCAGGAUAUGAAUACUUUUUAAAAUGUAACAACCUAAGUUACAACGUCGUGUCGUCGUAUGAGAAGAACAAAAAAAAAUAUGUGACCAUCGAUUUCACACAUGACGCAGAAGGGAAUACCAAGGAACACAUCAUAUGUGGAGAUAUCCUCAUACUAAUUGGACAUAAAAAUAUAGAAAAAUUUCAUAAAGGAUUUUCAAGUUCUUAUUCUUUCCAUACUGGUUUUUUAAAGAAGGCCUCUUCCGAAGUUUUGCACAUAAGGAAAGAAGACAUGGACAUAAACAGCAACUACCAAAGUUACAUUCCGGAUGGGAUGAAGUUGUCCAUCAUUUUAGACUCCGCUAAUAAAAAGGACUGCAUGAAAGAAUACAAAAGGAAUUUAAAGAAUCAUAACAAAAUGGAAGAUUUGAGAUCUUUGAGAAAUUUCGAAAAAAAUAAAUCCUUCGAGUCGAACGAUUCGGAAGUUGCUUUGUAUGGUCUUCGAGGGAGCGAAACUGGCAUUUCGGCCUCCGGUGUGGGAAGUCACAAUGGGGGAGAGACAAGCGCUAGGGGUAAGGGAGGAAGAGGAGAAAAUUCAGAUGAACAGGAUGAGGAGGGAGAAGCCAAAUGGUGGAAGGGGAGAAACGGUCACAAUGUGAUGAAGUGCAGGAGGGGGGAAGAAGAAAGUGACGAUGAGGAGGAAGACGAUGAAGAGUGCAUAGAACAGCCGUGCGAACAGCACAAUGAUAAGGAGGACGAGCUAAACGAUCCCACCCAUCACAGGAGAGAAACAAAACGGACACCACAGCAGAGGGAACCAAGGAACAAGCCAAUCCUUAGCAAUAGCAAACAAAUGGAUUUCCAUUCGAAGAUAAAUUAUAGUGGUUACUCAAUUUUCAGCGAAAAGGAGCCAAAAAUAAAGUACAACGCUACGAACAUAACGCAACUGUUAACAUCCCUCUUCGGUUUUAAAAAUAGAGAAGACAAAUAUUCUUUAAUAAACAAACAAAACGUAUGUUCUUUAUUGUCCUCCAAAAGAUCCUUUUCAAAUUUAAUUUCGUUGAAGGAUUAUUUACAGAGACAAUAUGAAGUAAUUACCAACCCCACAGAGAGUAUGUACCAUUUUGUGCAAAAUCAUGUUUUGAAGGUAAACAUUCCUUUGGUACAAUAUUUAAAAAAAAUAACUCAUUUGUCCAAUUUGAAAAUUUAUUUUUCCCUAAAAUUGUGCAACAAUGAUUUGAGCAAGUCUCUCAAUUUUAUCGUCUCCAUAUGGGGAAUUCACAUUUUAAAAAAAAAAAGUUCCAUUAGAUAUUCUUCAACUUUGAACGAGCUCCCAGAAUUUAGGGAGGAGUUUAAAAAAAUCGUCACUCAUGAGGUAGACAUAAAAACGCGCACUGAAUUAGCAGGUCAUGUAAAUCAUGCAGACAGUACAAAUGUCAGUUGUACGAAUGAGGAUGUGUACGAAAAAUUGGACAGCAGUGCAAAUCUGCUUAAGGAGCAUGAACAGGUAGAGGCAGAUGACGAAGUUGAUGUGGUACUUUCGAAAGAACCGUGUAGGAAGGUGAGCUCGCUCCAUCGCUUGGAGGAGACGUUCGAAUGGACGAGGGAACUUGGGAAGUUUAUGCACCUGAAGGAGCUGCAUCCCUACAGGGAAAGCGAGACUGUGAGCUCUACAAGUGGGGCAGAAAGGGAAGAAACAAGUGAAGCGAAAAUUGGUACACAAAAUGAAGUUACACGCAGCGAACCAAAUGAAGCCCCCGGUAAAACCAAACCGAAGGAACCCGCAACACACAAGGUGCAAAUGGAAGACCGCUCCGAAGUGAUCACAAACAUAGACGGAAUAAAAAUUGCCAAGAUGGAAAUCAACAAGGCAUAUUACCAAAUGAGGGAAGAAACAAAUUUUGCAAAAUCGGAAGAGCAAACAGAUUUCAGAAAAAAGGAGAAGGAAAAGGAAAAGGUCCAGGAAAAUAUUGAGAAAACUAUAGAGGACAAUGAAAGCUUUCUGAAAAGCAUGGUGGAAAAGGAGAAGCCAUCAAAAGCGAUAGAAGAGACUAGCACAAAAAGUGAUGUAUUAAAAAAAAUAGAAGAAAGUAAUUUUUUUUACGCAAAAUUGCCCAGUGGAGAAUUGGUAAAAUUAAAAGUAAAGGACAAGAACGAGGUAGGUACUUAUGAGAGCAUGCCUCUUCUUCUGAUUGAACCUGUGGAUGAUUCAGGACAUCUUACACGUGCCAUGAGUGGCUUACCUAUGAAGGAGGAAUCUAACAAAAAUGAAAGCGCCACCCUGGACAAGGCAGCUAAUAAGGAUCGCCUAAUAAACGAUUCAGAGAAAAUGUAUGACCAAAUGGUUAUGAAAAGGAGCAGCGUUGAGUCCAUGUUGAGUGUCGAAAGUGAUAGGUCCACCAUGUCUAGGUAUUCCACGUCCGUUGUAGUGCCUCCGCCCGUUUUUAUUCCGAAAGGGGAGGUAUCCGUGGGGGAAAAAGUGGAGGUCAAAAUGGGGGAAAAAAUGGACCUAGCCGUGGUAGUGAAGCCCCCCCAGCCAGCAGCCAAGGAACUCCCCAAGCAGCUACCCAAACAACCGGCGAGCGAGGGUCAAACGAAGCCAAAGGCCGUGGAGGCAGUCCUCAAGAAAGCGAAGGAAAAAAGACCGCCACCACCGCUGCCACCCGCGCUACUGAAAAGAGCCCCUCCCAAAGCGACGACGGAGGGGAAGGAACCAGGAGGGGAUACAAAAAAAGAAAGUAGCGUAAAGCCAGGUAUGCCGAAAAAAAUGGGGAAGAAAAUGCCAGGCCCUCCUCCUCCCCUACCCCCAUCUCUGUUAAGUAAAGUCAAAAUGGGAGAAAAAGCCAAAAUGGGAAUGAAAAAAUGCCCAAUGAGUUUUGCACCGAAGAAGUUCGCAAAAGUCCAAGAAAAAAGGCCCCUAGGAAUUAAACUACACUGGCAAUUAUUACCAACGCACAAAAUAGAAGGAACGGUCUUUAAUGAAAUAAAAAGUCAAGAAGCAAAGUAUAAUCUGAUAGACACAAAAGCUGUUCACAAAUUAUUCGCUCGAGUAAAAGGAGAAAAGAAAAUUGUAAAAAAAGUCACAGAAGAGAAGAAAAAAAGUAGUGAAGAAAAAUUAAUAACCGUUUUGGAUAGAACAAGAGCUCAGAACAUCGGAAUCUUGUUACGAUUUCCAAUGAGUACCCAAGAAAUUGUACAAAAGAUAAGUGUAUUCGACCUGGAAAAUAUGAAUACAGAGUUUUUGCAAAAAGUAUUGCACAUUUUACCAACGAAGGAAGAAAGUGAUAGCAUUUUACAAAAACUGGAACAUGAAAAUGUGAAGGAAGAAAAUUUCAGAGAUGUUGAAAGAAAGUUAAUUCCAUUUAUUUAUAUGGACAAAUGUCAAUGUAAAAUAGAAAUUUGUUUAUUUUCCCUAAAAUAUGAAAAAAUGAUAAAUGAAAUAAGCAAGGAUUUGGAUAUCUAUGACAAAGCUGUAAAUGAAGUAAGAUCAAGCAUACGGUUGAGGUCUUUGCUGAAUGCUGUUCUCAAAUGGGGCAAUUAUGUCAACUAUGGUGUUAAUGAAAAUGAAGAUUUAGUCGCUUUAGGAUUUACCCUAUCAUCAGUGCUUAAACUAACCGAAUUUAAAUCGUCCAUAGAUAAUACCAUCACCUCGUUGCACUAUAUCACUGUUAGUCUUUGUACAUAUUUACCAAAUUUAAAUAUGAACCUCCUACAAACUGAUCUAAACUCCGUUUCAGUUGCGUCAAAAAUGUCAUCCGAAACGGUAGAUAUUCUGCUAUCAUCACUUGAUAAAGAAAUAAAUUAUAUAAGAGAACAGUUGAAAUGUCCCUAUGAAGAUGUUUUUAAAGAAAAAAUGAAAAAUAUUUUACAAGACAGCGAAAUGAAGUAUGCCAAUGCGCAAAAGAGAUACGAAGAAACGAAAAAAUCUGUGCAGCAAUUGGGUACCUACCUGGGUGAAGAUAUGUCAAAAGGGGCCAACCUGGAAGGCAUAUUUAUUAUACUAUCUUCCAUCGUGGAUAAUUUUACCAAAUGUUACAAAGACAUCUUGGCCAAUCCGAAGAAGUUUUCCAUAAUGCUAAAUGAUGAAAAUCUACUAGAUGACUAUUACACAUUUUUUGGGAAAAAAAAAAAUAAAAAUCUACCCAGCUCUAAAAAUUAUACCCCCUUAAGCAAAGAAGCAGUAACGAAAGAACAAGGUGCAACAAAAGAGAGUGGAAAAGAAAUUGGAAAGAUAAGAAUUAACAGACUCAACAGCUGCAUUGGCAUAGUCAGAAAAAAUGAUAACGCCAAGAGCUCCAUGUUUCAGCUGAGAAAUAAAUUAAUGCAGGACAUACAAAAUAGGGCUUUCAUCAAAAGGGCGAACUCGGAUGGGGAUAAAUUGGAAUGUAAACCCACGAUUCUUUUGAGCAACCAGAAAGAUACGCCUAUCCCGAAUACCGGAUUGCGGGAAAACAACGCGGGGGCAGAAAACGCACAAAGUUUAAAUGGAAACGGGAAUGGCGUCAAUGCCAAGGGGGAAAAUGUGCCGCAUGGAUGCGCCUUGGGGGGGGAGUUAAAAAGGGGGGAAAACUCCACUGGAAAUGUGAAUGAUGAGACGAUGUUAGGGCAAAAAAAACCCAUUGGAAGUGUAAAUGAUGAGACGAUGUUAGGGCAAAAAAAACCCAUUGGAAGUGUAAAUGAUGAGACGAUGGAAAAGGAUGAGACGAUGUUAGGGCAAAAAAAACCCAUUGGAAAUGCGAAUGAUGAGACAAAGUUAGGGGUGGAUAAUCCCCUCGGAACUGUAAACAAGGAGAGAAGGUUAAUAGAGGGACUAAACUGUGAUGAGAAACCGAAUGGAGAUAUAAACGCUGAAGUGAACCUGGCAGAGGGUCCAAAAAUCGAGACCAAACCCAACGCGAGUACCAAAAUUGAGGACAAAAUAAACGAUGAGAGAGGUGGACUCGUGAUCGAAGACAAAAUAGUGGAAUAA